AUGGAUUUGAAACUUCCAAUGGAGACGACAACUGUUCCAAUGAGAGUUGGUUCUAGUGAACCAGUUACACGAGGCGUUAAGACUGCAAAUGGGCAAGCUAAGGCAGCCAACAAAGUCAUACUGGCUGGAUUAAAGAAAAGACUACAAGAUGCAAAGGGAGCUUACGCCAAAGAACUCCCUCUAGUAUUAUGGGCAUAUCGAACUACACCUCAGUCUGCCACGGGAGAAACACCCUUCCGACUUGCUUAUAGCAUAGAAGUCAUGAUACCAGUUCAAGUCAACAAGCAAAGUCCAAGGGUGAGGUUCUAUGAUGAGGUUGGCAAUCUUCAAGCAUAUAAAGAAGAACUCAAACUACUCCCUGAAGUCCAAGAACAGACCCAAAUAAGGGAAGCAGCACUAAAGCAAAGGAUGACAAACAAAUACAACAAGAAAGUCAUUCGAAGAAGCUUCACCUUAGACGACCUGGUCCUGAUCAAGAAUGAUAUUAGGUUAACAAGUCGGGUGAGGAAAAACUCUCUGCUAAUUAGAAAGGGUCAUAUAAGAUAA